AUGAGUUCUAGAUUUACCAAUCGCAGAAAACCGCGCAAGGUUGGCGGAGAUGAUGAGGAGGAGGAUGGAGGCGCUGCGCCAGAGCCUGUCGUUAAGCGCCCAGCUGCCUUUAAGUCGAAGCAAAAAUCCAAAUUGCAGUUAUCCUUUGGGCCCGAGACGUCAACGAACGAUGGUGACGAAGAGAGCGAAGUAGUCCUACCGAAACGCCUCGGUCUGGGGCGCAAGGCAAUUGAAAGGAGCGCUAGUCAAAUCCCUUCAGUUGGCCAAGAUCCAGACCGGCCUACCUACAGUCAUGAUUAUUUGAAGGAACUUCGUGAUUCCACACCCUCAACCCCGAAGACCAAUACCGACGACGAAACCAUCAAGGCUGUGGAUGUUGCGGCUAAGUUCGGGGAGAUUAUGACUGUUCCAGGACAAGCACACAUCCCUAGUGAAGCCGAGAUUCGGGAGAAAAAGGCCCGACGCGCACGUCUGGCUAUGGAACACGGCGCGGAGGACGAUGGUUUCAUUUCAUUGGACGCCAACGAUGCAGCCCACGUUGAUGACUGGGAUGCGGUUGUGCGAGGUGAUAAAGAUAUUAAAGAAGCCGAAAAUACCAGACUGAUUCGAGACGAUGAGGACUUUGCGGAAGGGUUUGAGGCCUUCACGGAGGAUGGCAAAAUGGCGCUCGGGCGAAAAGCAGAGCGCGAGAAGAAGCGGAAGGACCGCGAAGCAAUGCGUGAUCUCAUUGAAGAUGCCGAAGGUAUCUCUGAUGAAGAUGAUUCCGAUAUGGAGGAAAAGGCUGCCUAUGAAGCCUCUCAGGUUCAUGCGGCCAUGGGCCGUGGCAAGUCAAAUGGUAUUGAUCGUCCGAAGACUCCUCCCAAGGUGACAUCUCUUCCACGACUAGCUAGCAGCUUUGAAAGAUUGCGCAUGUCUCUGGCCUCCAUGGAAGUCGCGAAAACCCAGAUGAUCAGCCGAAUGGAGGAAUUGAGAAAUGAGAAGGCAGAUAUUGCAAUUCGUGAGGUGGAGAUCCAGGCGAUGAUCAAAGAAGCUGGCGACAACUAUGAGCGACUCAAGAAGGAAGCUGGCGUUGAUCCGACUGCAAAGCUCGAUGCUUCCAGUGGAGCUUUGGAAAAGCCUCGAGGACUGGAAAGUAUUGGUACUCCUGUACCUAUGCCGAUACGAGACUCCUCGAUGGCUGAUUCCUCGGAUUCCAGUUUCGAGGAUUCUUCGUAG